AACAAACCAAAACCCCAAACCCAAACAGCCCCCUUCCCAAAGACUCAGACGGUCCCGAAAUCCCAAGAAGCGUGAACUUUCCCUGUAGACAAGCAGAGUUUUCAGUGGACCCUCCGGCUAAGCGGAGAGCGAUGGUGGAGCCCAGAGUUUCUGCACUGCAGAAAGCGCGAGCGGAAAGCAAUGAGUCCCCCAAGCAUCAUCCCAGGUCUUUGUGGUUACCGCUGCAUGCAGGCAAGAUGCUUCCCCACCCCUCAACCACCAGACAAGAUUUCUCUUCAUCUGUUUGGCCAGAAAUCUGUAAGCCUUUCUCUCCCUUAUCUCUUUCUGUCUUCCUUCCACUUGGGGCUUACUUCCUGUUGGAAAUUUCAUCUUUUGGGUGCAUGACAUGUGGUAAGGUAUCCUGGAAGUCGCUCUCCCCCCGGGUUUGGAAAAGGGCGUCUUGGCAUAAAUGGAUGAUCCUUCAAACCAAAAAUGUGGUGGAAGAAAGAAAACAGUAUCGUUCAGCAGUAUGCCAUCGGAAAAGAAAAUCAGCAGCGCGAGUGACUGCAUCAGCUUCAUGCAAGCUGGCUGUGAACUGAAGAAAGUCCGGCCAAAUUCUCGUAUUUAUAACCGUUUUUUCACUCUGGACACAGACCUCCAAGCUCUUCGCUGGGAACCUUCCAAGAAAGACCUUGAGAAAGCUAAGCUCGACAUUGCCGCUAUAAAAGAGAUCAGACUGGGGAAGAACACAGAAACGUUUAGAAACAAUGGCCUGGCUGACCAGAUUUGUGAGGACUCUGCCUUCUCCAUACUCCAUGGGGAAAACUACGAGUCUCUGGACCUAGUUGCCAAUUCAGCAGACGUAGCAAACAUCUGGGUGUCAGGUUUACGGUACCUGGUUUCUCGAAGUAAGCAACCCCUUGACUUUAUGGAGGACAACCAGAACACGCCAAGGUUUAUGUGGUUGAAAACAGUGUUUGAAGCGGCAGAUGUGGAUGGGAAUGGGAUUAUGUUGGAAGACACUUGUGUAGAGUUGAUAAAACAACUCAACCCUACCCUGAAGGAAUCCAAGAUCAGGUUAAAGUUUAAAGAAAUCCAGAAGAGCAAAGAAAAACUAACCACACGAGUGACAGAAGAGGAAUUUUGUGAAGCUUUUUGUGAACUUUGCACCAGGCCUGAAGUAUAUUUCUUACUGGUCCAGAUCUCUAAGAACAAAGAAUAUUUGGAUGCCAAUGAUCUCAUGCUCUUUUUAGAAGCUGAGCAAGGAGUCACCCAUAUUACUGAGGAUAUGUGCUUAGACAUUAUUCGGAGAUACGAACUUUCUGAAGAGGGUCGUCAAAAAGGGUUUCUUGCAAUUGAUGGCUUUACCCAGUAUCUGUUGUCGCCAGAAUGUGACAUUUUCGAUCCUGAGCAAAAAAAGGUUGCCCAGGAUAUGACGCAGCCAUUAUCUCACUACUACAUCAAUGCUUCCCACAACACCUAUCUCAUAGAAGACCAGUUCAGGGGGCCGGCUGAUAUUAAUGGGUACGUUAGAGCUUUGAAGAUGGGCUGUCGAAGCAUUGAACUCGAUGUUAGUGAUGGUUCAGACAAUGAACCGAUCCUCUGUAAUCGAAAUAAUGUGACAACACACCUUUCCUUUCGAAGUGUCAUAGAGGUGAUAAAUAAAUUUGCCUUCGUUGCUUCUGAAUACCCACUCAUCCUCUGCUUGGGAAAUCACUGCUCUCUACCACAACAGAAGAUAAUGGUUCAACAGAUGAAAAAGGUCUUUGGCGAUAAGCUCUAUACUGAGGCACCUUUGCCAUCAGAAACCUACCUCCCAUCACCGGAAAAAUUAAAAAGAAUGAUUAUUGUGAAAGGAAAGAAAUUGCCUUCUGACCCAGAUAUUUUGGAAGGAGAAGUAACAGAUGAAGAUGAAGAAGCAGAAAUGUCGCGAAGGCUGUCGGUAGAUUACAAUGGCGAGCAGAAACACAUCCUGCUGUGUAGGGAACUCUCUGAUCUGGUGUCCAUCUGCAAGUCUGUUCAGUACAGGGAUUUUGAACUGUCUAUGAAAAGCCAAAACUAUUGGGAAAUGUGUUCAUUUAGUGAAACAGAGGCCAGCCGAAUUGCAAAUGAGUACCCAGAGGAUUUUGUAAAUUAUAAUAAGAGGUUCUUAUCGAGAAUCUAUCCAAGUGCCAUGAGGAUUGAUUCCAGUAACUUGAAUCCACAGGACUUUUGGAAUUGUGGCUGUCAGAUUGUGGCAAUGAAUUUUCAGACUCCAGGUCCAAUGAUGGACCUUCACACAGGCUGGUUUCUUCAAAACGGAGGCUGUGGUUAUGUUCUAAGGCCAUCCAUCAUGCGGGAUGAAGUUUCUUACUUCAGUGCGAACACAAAGGGCAUCGUACCUGGGGUGUCUCCUCUCGCCCUUCAUAUCAAGAUCAUCAGUGGUCAGAAUUUUCCAAAGCCCAAGGGAGCUUGUGCCAAAGGAGACGUCAUAGAUCCCUACGUUUGUAUAGAGAUACAUGGAAUUCCAGCAGACUGUUCAGAACAAAGAACUAAAACUGUCCAACAGAACAGUGAUAACCCCAUUUUUGAUGAAACUUUUGAGUUUCAAGUCAACCUACCUGAGCUGGCCAUGAUUCGUUUUGUUGUUCUGGAUGAUGACUACAUUGGGGAUGAGUUUAUAGGACAAUAUACAAUACCGUUUGAAUGUUUGCAGCCUGGAUAUCGGCAUGUUCCCCUGCGCUCUUUUGUGGGUGACAUCAUGGAGCAUGUAACCCUUUUCGUCCACAUAGCAAUAACUAACCGAAGUGGAGGAGGAAAGGCGCAGAAGCGCAGCCUGUCGGUGAGAAUGGGGAAGAAAGUUCGAGAAUACACCAUGCUCAGGAAUAUCGGCCUUAAGACCAUAGACGACAUCUUUAAAAUAGCAGUUCACCCCUUACGAGAAGCCAUAGAUAUGAGAGAAAAUAUGCAGAAUGCCAUAGUGUCUAUUAAGGAACUGUGUGGACUUCCUCCAAUUGCCAGUCUGAAGCAGUGCCUGUUGACCCUGUCCUCCCGGCUCAUCACCAGUGACAAUACUCCUUCAGUCUCUCUUGUGAUGAAAGACAACUUCCCUUAUCUGGAGCCUCUGGGGGCAAUUCCAGAUGUGCAGAAAAAAAUGUUGGCCGCUUAUGAUCUGAUGAUUCAAGAGAGCCGGUUUCUCAUAGAAAUGGCAGAUACAGUCCAGGAAAAGAUUGUGCAGUGUCAGAAAGCAGGGAUGGAAUUCCGUGAGGAACUUCAUCAUCUCGGGGCGAAAGAAGGCUUGAAAGGAAGAAAACUCAACAAGGCAACUGAGAGCUUUGCUUGGAACAUUACAGUAUUGAAGGGCCAAGGAGAUCUGUUGAAGAACGCCAAGAAUGAAGCUGUAGAAAACAUGAAGCAGAUCCAGCUGGCGUGCCUGUCCUGUGGACUUAGUAAAGCACCCAGCAGUGGUGCAGAAGCCAAGAGCAGACGCAGCCUGGAAGCCAUCGAGGAGAAGGAGAGCAGCGAGGAGAAUGGGAAGCUGUGACCGCGGGCGGGGCCCACACGCCCACCCAGCCUUCGCCCCAGCGCUCUGCUGUUUCUUUCUGGUUUUCUUUCUUUAAGCUUUUUAGAAGUUCACAAGAAGAUGCCCUCUGUGGGGUGUUGGACAUAGAUAUGUUCACAAUGUCAGUAUUUUAAUGUAGUUAAUUUAUCUAAGUUAAGACCUUUAGUAGCGGUGUUUAAAGUUCUAAGAUGUGUACAUACCCAUGUGUGGAUGUGGGUGGGAGCGUGUGUGUAUGUGUGUGUGUGUGAGAGAGAGAAACAGAGACAGAGAGAGAGAGACAGGGAGAGAGAACAAAAGAAAGAAAGGAAGAACCAGAACGUGACAGAGAAAGGAAAAGAGAGACAUUGAGAUCCUAUGAAAAUCUAGUCUGUGUUGCAUUAUUCAUUCAGUAGGUCAUUAUCUUAUCAUUUUGGGUCAAAUUUAUUCAUCUGAAAUUCUAAAGAGCACUUACUAUAACCGGUUACUGUGUUUACUUUACUUUGUCAUUCAAUUUAGAGAUCUUAACAUAGGUUAUUAUCAAACCAAGCCAAAUUUACCAAUGCAUAGAUGUUUUGGUAGAUUAAAUAUAGAUUAGAAAAAUUCCCAAGAAUUGCAAUAGAGAUAAUAGUGAGAAAGAUAAACAAGUGAUCAGAAUUUCGGAUGUCAGCAAAAUAACUUCUUCAGUUAGAAACUCUUUAAAGUAUUCAUUAAAUCAAAUCAAUUUUUAGAAAGUUUUUGGUAGUUGUUUAAUAAGUGUAUGAUUUCAAUGGAAAAGCUGAUCAUAAAUGAAUUUAUAUCCACCUAUGUGGAACUCUGAAACACAGUGAGAGCUCUGUUGUAAUUGGGAUUUUAAUGUGACAUUAUUUUCAGUUAUAAAAUUUCAAGGUUGAGAUUUGUUGGAAGGUCUCAUUCUUCCAAACUGGAAUCUAGCAUUCAUUUUCUAUAAUGGACAUGAGCAGCUAGGAGGUCUUGUCUUUGAUUAAAUAUAAUUUGUUGUACUAAAUUUAAACUGAAAGACAUUGUUCAAACAAUACCACAUUAUCAUGUUGAGCUCAUAUAAAUUCUAUGGGCCAGGUAACAUCUUUGUGAUGAUUUAAGAACUAACUGAUUAUAAAUAUGAUACAAUUUUAAUACAUGAACAAAAACAUACACACAAAAGAAGCAAACUCAUUAGGGUACAUUUAUAAUUGCAUCCAGAUAAUUUUUACCCUAAUAUAUUCAUAAAGUACUUGAGUGUAGUAUGUUUGUUACCUCCAGAAGAACUAAAUGUUCUAUGGUUAUGAAAAUAUAUUUAUUUAAAACAUUGCUUUUAUUUUGAAAAGCUUCUUAAUUAAUUUGAUUAACAAAUACACCAGUUUUGGGGGAACCUAGGGAAGAUAAUUGUUGACAUUUUGCAAAUAUAAGCAUCUUCUGUAGCUACUGUGUUAAGUUAUUUCUGACUUCUUAACACUAUUAUGUUCAUGUUGCACAUUACUGAAAGUAAAGAUAUGAAACAACACUUUCAUUGUUUUCCUUUAUUGUGAAUUCAUUGAAAGAAAAAAUGAAAAUAAUGAAAUAUAAUGAUAUUAUAUUAAAAAUAUCUCAAAGGGUAUGAUAUUUCCAUGGACCAAAUAUGGUCCUUGGAAAUUUCUCCUUGGGUUUCAAACUGGGCACCUGGGGGAGGUUCAUGAGCUCAUUUUAAGGUAGGUUUCCAAUGGUACUACAAUUGCCUGAAAAAAUUUCUUUAUCCUCCAUUACACUUAACCUGCGCAGUAAAAGGAAUAGUAGAAUGCAAGUGUCUAAACUCCUUAUGAUAAAAAGCGGAUGAUAGAGACUGAAACAAAACCCAUUUUACAUCAGUCAAUUGGUUGGUUUCACCUUUGGACCUCUUCACCUCCCUGAAUUCUAUUCAGAGAAGUCCUGGCCUUUCCUGGUGGUACAGAGAGGUGGGAAGAGAAGAUGAAGAGUGAAAACACUCAAAGAAUAUUAUUAAUUUCGCUACUUGAGGGUCAAAGCCAAUCCUUAAAAGUGGCUUCCCUGGUUCAUUCUACUUGUCUUGAAGUUCCACUCACACUUAGGAACUUGCCCAAAUGCUCUUGAACUGUUUUUGUUUUUAGUUUAAAUAGAGUUUGAAAAACAGAAUAAAACAAAGCACAAGUAUUCUUGAGAACAUGAUAUGGGUUCCACCUCAUGUAAUGCUACUUCUGGCCAUGGGUUAUCUGCCAUUCUGUACUCCACUGUGUUGGGUAUGAUUGAUAGCCAGGGAGUGAGGGGUUGGGUGGGAUGAGUGUUAGAUUUCGAGAAUGGUCUUGCCUCUGGAUAGAAUAACAAAAACAAACAAAACUUUUUACAUUAUUACAUCCUGCCAGUGUCUGUCUUCUUCCCAGAUUUGUACCGCAGUAGAAAAAUCCUCCUUCUGUCCACUUAGCUUUCAACAGUACUAGGAAGAUAAUGGUAGAUACUAUUUCUGUUUUUGUUUAUUAAUUUUUACAUUGCCAAUUAAUUUUCAUUAGUUUUGAAGCACAGAUGGUAGACAUCAUCGCUGACAGAGCCACUGAUAGAGUAAACGGAAGAAUCGACUUUGGAUUCUGGUUUGUCUGAUUUUAUGUGCAAGAGUAUUGGUUCAGUGGUUUUGAUUAUCAUUUUACUUCUCAUAAUUUUAAACUAAAGUACUAAUUCUUUCCCUUAUAACCAAAAAUGAAAAGGCCGUUAUUGUAUUCUUUGAUAGUAAAAUGCUAAUGAUCAAUAUUAAACACGCAAAAACAGAUCUGUAAAACAAUCACCCCCAUUAACAUUUAGAUUUAUACCCCUUAAGACACUGAACAUGCUUUGAUUAUACAUACAUCUAAAUAUGCUUUGAUUUUUAAGAAAAGUGAGAUUACAUUAUAUAAAGUGUUUUUGUAAUAAUCUUUUUACACAAUAAAGACAAUACAUCAUGAAUCACUUUCUGUCAAUAAAUAUAUAUGUACAUUGGGGCUCUCAGCCUUUGAACUGAAUCUAGUAUGCUAAUAAUGUGUUUUAUUUGGUCACUGAAUCUUUUUCAAAAAAUUUUAAAUAAUAGGCAAUUUUCAAAAAUCCGGAAAUUUCACAUCAAAGUUUAAUUUCCCCUUCUAAACGAUUGGGUAUUCUGAUGACACUAGAUACCCUUCCACAUCUCUCCACAUCUUAUUUGUCAUCAAUUAAUUGAAGCCACCUUCUCCAAGAGGGGCAUGCACUACCCAGUUUGCCAAAGAGCUUCUUCUCUCAUUUAUGUCACCUCCUGACUCUGUAGAUGUCUUAGGUGGAGAUUCUUGAUUCACAUUAGUGUUAGUGUCUUAUUGUGUGGAUUAUCAUAACAUAUUUAGCCAAUCCCCUGUUUUCUCUCCCAAUUUCUUGUUAUGUAAGCAUUGCAGUGAUGAAAUCCAUUUGUUCAAAGUGGUUCGAUUUUUUCCUUUGAGAUAGAUUUCUAGAAGUACAAUUAUUGGGUCAAAGGAUACAUAGAUAUUUUAAGGAUUUUGAGAUGCAUUACAAAAUAGCUUCCAAAAAAUGUAUCCAAUUUCAAUUCCCAAUAAGAAUUUGUGGGAAUGCUCAAAUCUUGACUAAUACUAAAUUUAAUUAUUGUUAUGUAUAUGUUUGCCAAUCUGCUAGAUUAAAAAAUUUUAUUUCUUUUUAUGUCUACUCUCUAGUGAGAGUGAACACAUAUUAGUAUGUUCAUUGACUAUGGAUAAUCUCAUAUAGAUAGUUAUGAGUUUCCUGAUCAUUUUUGAGUGGGAUGGUAACUUUUAAUCUUUUCAUUAUUAUUUUUAAGAAGUAUUUACUUAAUAAGAAUCUUAACCCUGUGUUUUUCAUAUAUAUUACCAAUGUCUUUUGACAUGCAGAUCCCUCAUUUAAUCCAAAUUAUGAUUUUUUCCAUUAUGAGUAGUGUUAAGAGAAUUUUGUCCAUCUACGCUCAUGAAAAUAUUCUCCUAAAUUACUUUUCACAUUUAAAUCUAUAAUCCUCUUAGCUUUGCUUUUUUGUGUAUAGAUUAAGUUAGAUGUCUAAUGUCAUUUGUUCUAAAUGUGGAUAAUCAGGUGACCCAGCUUAUUUACUGUACACUGUCCUUUAUCCAUUCUUCUGUAAUGCCAUCCUUGGGAAAAAGGUAGCACCCAUGUAUGUGUGUCUAUUUCUGGAAUCUCUGUUUGGUUCUGUUGGUCGGUGUCUGUCCUGGAAACAUUACUGUGCUGUUCUAAUUAUGAUAGCUUUGUAAUGUUUUUGUAUCAGAGAGAGUAGGCCUCCCCACUUUUCUUCUUCAACAUUUCCUCUUCGCAUUUCCAUAUGUCCAUUUCUAUGAGGUACCUUCUGGAACUUUUAUUGGUAUUACACUGAAUGGAUAUAUCAUUUUGGGGAAUUUGGACAUAAUUCACAUUAUUGAGUAUUCCAAUCCAUCUGCAUGGCGUAUUAUUCCAUUUAUUCAGGUUGUAUUUAAUUUCUCUUAAUACAGUUUUAUAGAUUUCUCUAUAAAGUUCUCACAAAUCUUUCCGUAUAUCUAUUCCUAGGUAUUUGACAUUUUUCAUGCUAUUAGAAAUAGCAAUGCUUUCAAACUUAAGUUUCCAAAUUAUAUAUAAAAAUAUAAUAAUGUAAUGAUCAUGUGGACUAUCAAGUGAACUUGCUAAACUAUUUGUUGAUUUGAAUUGUCUAUUUAUUAUUUUGGACUUUAUAGGUACAGAUUAUGUCAUAUACAAAUAAUGGCAGUUUUAUCUUUUCUCUUCCAAUCUGUAUGCAUUUUACUUAUGUUUUUUAUCUGCUUUUCUUGAUUUUUAGAACUGGUUAAAACCUUCAGUAUAAUAUUCAAUAGAAAUGAUGUUAGUAAACAUCCUUUCUCCUUCCCAACCUCAGAGGAAUUUUGCAG